AUGACUUUACUAGCAUUCACCUUCCUGCUCGCCUUCCUCCCAACUGAAUCUGCAAGCAGCAAAUACCUCCCCAAGGCAGCAAGUAACCCUGUGUUCGGACCACGGCAGGUAUAUGGUCUGCUCAACGGGUCAGUUACCGUGAAAUGCUUCUACCCUCCCACCAGCGUGAACAGACACGACAGAAAGUAUUGGUGCAGGGAAUCGGCCACGGGCUGCAUGACCGUUGUCUCCACCAGCGGCUACACUGCUCCAGGCUACAAAGGCAGAGCCUCCAUCACUGAUGACCCACAGGCAGAAAGCUUCCAGAUUCACAUCUCUGAGCUGACAAUGGCAGAUGCAGGCACCUACCAGUGCGGUGUUGGUAUCAAUAGCAGAGGGCUCUGCCACAAAGUCAGUCUGGAUGUUUCUAAAGGUCCGCAUGUGCCCGAGGGAGCUGAGCUCUUCUACGUGAAGCUGCACAGCACUUUGACCAUGUCCUGCAGCUUUGGGAAGGAGUAUGAGAGCUGGAGGAAAUUCUUGUGCAAGAUGGAGAAAAAAGGCUGCCGUAACAUCAUCGAUAGUUAUGGGAAUGUUGAUAAAGAUUACACGGGGAGAGCUCUGCUAAGCAAUGAGGAUCUUCCAGGCUCAUUCAGCAUUGUGAUAACUCAGUUGGGCUGGGAAGACUCUGGCUUGUACCUGUGCGGGGUUGGCGUCUAUGGGGAGAAAGGAGAAACAAAGGAACUGGAUGUGCAUGUCUAUGAAGAGUCACAUGUUCCUCAAGGAAAGCCCACAAUAAUUGGAGUAAAAGAAAGUUCGGUAACUUUUGAAUGCCGCUACGACUCUCUGAAGAAUUCCUCAAAGUACUGGUGCAAGUGGAGAAAGAACGGGUGUGCUCGGAUCAUAGAUAACUCCGGGUAUGUGUCAUCCUUGUAUGAAGGAAGAGUGGCCAUGUUCAACAGCCCAGAUAACAAGACGAUCAUCAUCAUCCUGAACCAGCUGAAGGACAGUGACAAAGGCUAUUACUGGUGCAUGACGGAUGAGGAGAAGGAGCAGCAAUCAUCAACUGAGCUGGAGAUCGUAGAUGGACAGCCCGGACUGAAGGGAAAGAAGGACGUGGAGGUGCAAGCGGGUUCGCGGGUCGAUUUAACUUGCUCUUAUCCAUGCAAGUACUACUCGUACCAGAAGUACUGGUGCAAGUGGAGCGGCAUCAGCUGCACUCCCAUGCCUGCUUCUGACCAAAGGCAGCCGGGGCCAGACGUUACCUGUGACACUGACAACAAGACGGUCAUCCUCAGCUUUGACUCGGUGACAAAGUCAGACGAAGGGUGGUACUGGUGUGGAGUGAAGCGCAACGGCCUUUUUGGGGAAACCAUGGCAGUGCAGCUGCGGGUGACUGAAGGGAGCAAUGCUGACCACAGCCUCAACGUCCUGAACGUGGACAACCCCAGCCCCGCCGAGGGUGGCUUUAUUCCCCAAGGAAGAGCCUACAACGAUGCUGGGGUAGACAGCCCAGCUGCCUCAGAAAGCUCUGAUCAAAGCCCUAACGUCAGUACAAUUUCAGCCUUGAGUGUUGCUGGUUCCAUCCUCAUAAUCCUUGCAGCAGCUUUUGCUGUUUUUAAAUACAGGCAGCUGAAGAGAUCUGACCUGGUGUCCGUCGGGAGCUACAGGACGAACAUCAGCAUGUCGGACUUCGAAAACGGGAAGGAGUACAGCGCAACCAAUAACGCCUGCAUGAAAGAAACCCAGGAGACUCAGAUAGGAGGGGAUGAGUUUGUCACCACCACGGCCGCCCCGGAAAGCGCUGCGGAGACAAAGAAGGCAAAAAGGAGCUCCAAGGAGGAUGCCGACCUCGCCUACUCCACCUUCCUCCUCACCUCCAACAGCAUCGCGCAGGGUGACGCCAGGGGGGACAGUGCUGCCCCGGAUGUGUCCCCCCCGAACUGGGAGGGCUAG